GCGGCGGACGUCCGCGUCAGCUAGCGUAGGCCCUUAAGAUUAGGCGGGAGGCUGGGCGCCGCCCGCGCAUAGCGCGCAUGUAACAUCACAGUCCGCGUGCGACUCACAGACGCGACACACGCCGCCAUGCCGCGAAACGACGAAGCCCGGGGCGUAAGCGGAGCCAUCCGCGUGUACUGGCGAGCAGUACUGACAGAGCUGAUAGCUACAGCAUUACUGGUGCUGCUGGGUAUCGCGUCAUUGGUGCCUAAGAUCUCACAAACAGACACACUAAUAGCCCCGCCAUUGGCGCAUCCAGCGCUGGCUUUUGGCUUCAUAGUGCUUUGUCUAGCACAGGCAUUCAGCGGAGUAUCCGGCGCGCACCUGAACCCAGCCAUCACUCUAGCGUCCACGCUCCUCGGCCGUACGCCAAUCUUGCUAGCAGUGGCGUACACGAUCGCGCAAAUGAUAGGCGCUACACUUGGUUAUGCGGCGUUAUACUCUAUAACGCCACAGAGGAUACUUAACGAAAUACCUGCGUUAGGCGUGACGCUCCCGGCGAAUGGAUUCAGCCCCCUAGCCGCGACGGUAAUUGAGGCCCUGAUCACUGGUUUCCUGACUCUUCUAGCCUGCUCACUGUGGACGGGCGAGCCUGAUCCCGCCGCGCCGAUCAAGUUUGGACUUGUCAUCGCUGGACUUGUAUAUGUUGCAGGUGAAAUGACCGGAGCCAGUAUCAACCCAGCUCGUAGCUUCGGGCCUGCGCUGGUCACGCAGCAUUGGGAAUACCUAUGGGUAUACUGGGUAGGCCCGCUAGCCGGCGCGGCGCUCUUCGCGCUGCUGCACAAAUACGUGCUGGUACCACAGGCGUACAAGCCGCCACCGCCGACGCGCGAAGAACUACCGUUGAACGACAAGAAUAACUGCUAACGCGGUUUAAAAAGAGAACUGUAUCGUUACCAAACUAAGAAACAUUCAAGUUUUUCGAAUAAGCUGUGUUUUCAAAGUGUGGCGAAUAAAGUCAGUAGAGAAAGCCGCGAAAUUCAAAUAGGAGAUCGAUAUUCGCGCUGUUUAAGGUUACAUCCUAGCCGUUGACAAUCGGUUAUGCUUAAUCGGUAAUAAAAAUUCUUCAUUUGAGAACUUUUUCCCCCAUCAAAUAAGCUGUCAGUUUCAAGCUGUCAUUUAAUUUCAUUGUAAUUUUAUCGCUGGUCAGACUAUGAAGUGUCCAUUAUCGCGAUAAUCAACAGCGUUUCCCGUUAGUAUCGCCCCGGCAUUACAGGAACAAAAAAUGACAAUUGAAAUUUAAAUACCUACCCAUGCGUUUUUUAAAUUUCGAUUGCCACGUAAUAACGACCACGAAUGAACACGUAGGUACCUAAAUAUUUGUUCGAUGCAUCCCGACUGUUUACUUUACGACUUGUUUGUCGAUAAACGAUUGUCAUCUUGAAUUCGGCACUAGAGGACCUAGCUAAGAUGACAAUAAAAUUAUUCGCAGAGAAACAAAACUUGCGUGCUAGCUGUCUUGUGGCUUGUAGUGCGUGUGUGCGUUGUAUGUAUUCUUAUAAGUCACGUCACACUGUACCGCAAGUCUUUUCCAUGAGUAACGUCUCUUAUAACCCCCUGUAAGUACAUUAUGAAUGCUAACCUACAGUCAAGCUAUUAAAUAUCGACACGGGCAAAGUGCCAGAAAUAUGUAUACACGACCUUAUUGCCUAUACAUUAAAGUAGUGUGUACAUCUUUUUGGCCAUUUGUUCGUGUCGAUAUUUAAUACCUUGACUGUACCUGCAUACUAUAACGGGUCAGGAGUAGGUACAUACAUUUAAUAAUUAAUAAAUAAUAAUGUUUUGAAAUCGUUCUCUAGUUCUCUACAUAUAGGUACAUAUUAAUUGGACACAUUGAACUAUCUGUCACGAACGCGUAGAUCACAAAAUGCACCUGUUGCAAUAUUCAUCUUAUUGUAUCAAAUACAUCCAUUUUUAUUUUCAACGGUUAUACUUCUAUAUUUAAGAUUGAAUUUCGAAUACGGACUAUUCUAAGAUGAUUUUUAUAUUUUUAAGUAGGUAUGCCAACGAAAAAUUUACAUUCGGGUGAAUUUCUACAGAAUUUAGUACCUUAAGUAUUCUUAAUUCAAAUGAAUUAUAAAAAAUAUGAAUAAAGUAUAUCAAUAACUAAGUUUUUUUUAAUUCACCCUUCGUGAAUGAUUAAUUAUAAUCGGAUUUUUUCGAUGCUGUCUCAAAAAGAUGUAAAUAUUGUUGUGGUUUAUAUUUUUAUAAGUUUUACAAUAAAAUACUGUUGACAUA